GAGGGGGUCCAGCAGCAACUAUGUGACAGACAGACAACACGGACCCUCCGUUGCUCUGCUCGCAGGUACCGCGGAAGGCACAACGGAGCUGGGCCGCAUGCAGGACGCCUCAUAAUGACAGCAAUGCCACGCAGGACCACGGCAGCAUCCUCUUGUGGCGUGCACCCCCACGCUUUUUAGUCUGGUUAUUAACUUCUUGUUGACAUGAAGAAAUAGAAUCAGAGGGCCUCCCAGCUGACAUCUGGGCUGACCCCGGCCUCGCCCCCCCCCCUCCAGUUCCUCCAGCUGCAGGGCUUUGUUGCCCCAGAGUAAUGAAGUCCAGCAUGAGGCAAUGGCGGAGGCUUGUGCUGGUAGGAAUGUUGGCCUGGGUUCUCAUCUUCCUCGCCGUCUUCUCCUACUUCCUGGACGCCCGAGUCAACGAAUCCCUGACCUCCGCCGGCACGCUGCUGUCCCAGCAUCCCGACACCCGCCGCCUGGCGUCCAUACAGCAGAACGCCCUGACGGGCUCCAGACCCGAGGCGGUUUCAAGCCUGACCCCGACUUAUCCCGGAGAUGGACCGGGAUUGGACGCUCACACCAGCUCUGUGACCCCGGGGUCCAGCGUGGAGGUGAGCAGGAACCCUAACAGCGCUCUCUACGCCAACUAUGGCAGCCAGGAGACCAGUCCUCAGGACUACCUGGACCCCCAGACUCUGGCUGCGUGGUCUUCUUUUGGCACUGAGAAUGUGGGCUCUCAUUCGAGUCGGGACAGAACUUCCCAGACUACGGAAUAUCAAAACCACGAGAAAAAAGCGCCCAACCAGGGUGGAGAGGAGGAAGAGGAAGAUGCAGAUGAGGAAAGAGGAAACAGAAUGCGGACUCUCAGGAGAGCCGCUGACGCCUCCUCUGACCUGGAGGAGUACUACUUCUCCAAGUCGGCUUUGGUGGUGAAGCGCCUGUGGCAGGGCCGCAUGUCCGCCGACAUGCUCAACCCUCGGCUGCAGCGGGCCAGGAACGAGUACGUGAAGGCCAACAAGCACCACGUGGUCUUCAAAGGGCCCCGCCGGGCCUCCCAAAGCGCCAAGGAGCUGCUGUGUCAGAUGAAAGCUCAGGCCCCGCUCAGCACGGUGGACGGGUCUGAGCAGCCUUUCUCCUCGUUCGGGUGGGCUCGCCUGGUGCCUUCACUGCCCCUGGAACAGCUGUACAAGACUCAGGGGCGGAGCAGCUUUCGUACGUGCGCCGUGGUCUCCUCGGCGGGCGCCAUCCUGCGCUCGGGAUUGGGGAAAGAGAUCGACGCUCACGACGCAGUGCUGAGGUUCAACGCCGCGCCCACCGAGGGCUACGAGAAAGAUGUGGGGAACAAAACCACUAUAAGGAUCAUCAACUCGCAGAUUCUGGCAAAUCCGAGGCAUCGAUUCAAAACCAGUUCUCUUUACAAGAAUAUCACCCUGGUGGCCUGGGACCCUGCACCUUAUACUCUCAACCUCCACAAGUGGUACGCCAGUCCUGACUACGACCUGUUCGGUCCGUAUGUGGAGCAUCGCAAGUACUACCCGGGCCAGCCCUUCUACAUCCUGCACCCCAGCUACAUUUGGCGUCUCUGGGAUGUGAUUCAGGGCAACACUCGGGAGAACAUUCAGCCCAACCCCCCCUCGUCUGGAUUCAUAGGCAUCCUCCUGAUGAUGGCGCUGUGCGAGCAGGUCCACGUGUACGAGUACAUCCCCUCCAUGAGGAAGACGGACCUGUGCCAUUACCACGAACGCUACUUCGACAUGGCGUGCACGCUGGGCGCCUACCACCCGCUUUUGUACGAGAAGAGCCUCGUUCAACGGAUUAACACCGGCACCGAGAACGACCUCCGCAAAAAGGGGCGGGUCACACUUCCCGGGUUCCGUACCGUGGACUGUGACAUUUGAACCCGCACGGGAGAUGACUCUUGAGGUCACCUUUUUUGGGGGGGACGGGGGGUCGCUCUGGGGCUGGGGCGCAGUGCAAUAAAGCCACCGGAGACGGAUGGACUAAUGGGGGAAAAAAACCCUAAUCCGUUCAGGUUGGGAGGGGUGUCGUCACAGUGGGCUUUUUUUGGGGGGGGGGGUGUUUCCAUCAAAAUGGUCUUUGCCAGGAAGUCUCUGACAAAGACGAAUCUUAUCUCUGCUUUAGCUGAGCCAUGUUCGCUGCGGAGCUGACUAGCUCAGCCGCAGUUUUUUUUUUUUUUACGGGAAUUUUCAAUGACUGGCGGUGGUCUUACUGUUUUUCUACUCUGAAGCCGUCCACGCCAAAG